AUGGACUCAGAAGGGGAUGCUUCUCCAACGUGGAGGCGUGAGGAAGGUCAUGAGCCGGAGUCGCUCCAACCAACAAGCCAACGUCGUCAAGCCACAGUGUUUGAUGCUGUUGCAGGAAAAUUGACCAACAGACAUGGUCGCCUGGAAGGUAAUGCUCCGGCCAACCAAGCACUUUACUCUACUAAAGAGGUGCCCUUCGGCCCAGACGAGGUCCUCUUCCGGCGAAAAGAGGCACCCCAGCGUUAUGAAGAGUAUGAUAUCUACAAGUCCCAUGUGAGAGAUCUCCCGCGAGCUGGCCAAGGUGUUCUGCCCGAGAGCGACCUGCUCAAGGCCAUCCACUCGUAUACCAGCCGCUGCUAUGGUAGUCUACAUCGCCAAGCACCAGAAGAGGAUACCCUGGACGUCAAUGAGCGCAGUAUGGACGAGACGGCCCUUCUUGCAUUCGGAAUUUUGCUCGAAGAAGCUAGCCGAGAGGUACUUGGUCGUCAUGGAGAUCUCGUGUUCACAGAGGGCUUAGAUGGAGGCGAAGGUGCUACCCCCAAUGAAGCGGCGACAAGGCGAUUCAUGGCACCUUCAGGAGCUGAAGACCAAGAAUCAGGGGCGAGGGCUCCAUCUCGCAAGAGGAGAAGGGUGGCAAAAGGUGAAGAUGCUCAUGACAUGUGA